UGACAUCCUCGACUGAAGUUAAGAUGUUAUCGCAAGGAAGGUCAUUGUUUUUCUUUCUCUCAUUAAUUGGUUUGGGACUACUGAUAUGUUCCCAUAAAACAGGUAAGUAAGUAGCAGUGCUUAUUCCACCCAGGAAAUAAAACUACGUUAUUCAUGCCAUUACCCAACGACGCGAGAGUAUUUGUCCCAUUUUGCUGACUUUCAAUGGAAGUGCAAAUUUUCUUUUCAUUCGGUAAAUUUAGAAAAGAUUUGGUGAAAAUUAUUACGUACUGGCUUCGUCUUUUCUUCUUCUGAUCAGUAAUUGUGUUGUAUCAAGGUGUCUCCCUCAUCGCUGUUGUCAAACUAUUUUGGCUAUAAAAGCGAGAAAAAAGGGUUUUGGCGCCCAAUCCCUAUGUUACGUUUUCCUUUCGUAUGUAAAAUGCUUCAUUUUACUUGUUCGUUUGUACAAAGCUGAUUGAAAUAAUAGACUGUUUACUUUUAACAUUAAACAAAUCUGACUUUCUUUACAAAACUACAAAACGCAAUGACACUUAUUAAGUAUAACAGGAAGCUGACAGUAACACGAACAUGUUUUUAAAGAUUUCACUCUUGAAGAUCAUCUUUAACGGCUCGCAUGGAAGAAAAAAAUUCAAAGAAAUUCUGAAGAUUACCCUGUUUAUUGUAUCGAGGUACGCUUAUGCAUCCUCCUCACUCGAUUCGUGACUGACUCAGUAAACAGUGUACACGUGGACAAAACUUUGAAUUUUGAACUUGUCUAAUGGGUAUCAAAUCCUAUACAUUUAGAAAACCUAAAUUAGGAAAUAUGUAAAGUACCUCUCGUGUCGAUUUAGACUAUUUGCCUGAACCUUGCACCUUAACGUAGAAUUUAAUUUAUCUCAGUCCAAUUUAAUCAAAACUGCUGAAUUUUUCGAUUAGUGGAAUUGAUUGUAGCGACUUAGUAGAUGUCAAGCUUUUUUAAUGCAACUUAAAUUUCUUGCUUUAGAAUAAUUAUACUUUUGACAGUAACAACCCGCAACAAAGAAAAAUUAUCCUGCAAAUCCAAAAAUCUUAUCUACUUGAUUGAAUGAAGCAAAUGCAAAUGCCAGUACAUCAGACCAGGAGAGAAUAAACGCCACAGUUAAUGAACGAUUUGGAGAACACCGCCGAUCUAUCUUAAACCACCAUACACUCGGCGAUCCAACUCCUGUCUCCUUCCAUUUCAAUCAGUCUGGACGGUCAGUCAACGAAGUUUGUCUCAUUCCACUUGAAUUCAUACGCAGCAGCCGCGCGUGACGAAGUGAGAAAGGCUAGGGAGGCUCACUUGAUACGCAAAGAAAAAAAUUUUCUUCUCUGUAGGAAUAAUUAUAGACAUGACGAAGGUCGUUGAUAAACGAUACUACACUUUAUUAUUCCACUAUUAUGUCAUUUUACCAUAUAAGGUCAACAGAACAAGCAAAAUACGAGGCCGUAAUACACCGUAGUGUCCUGGUUUAACCGGUUUACAACAGGGCGAAUACCGGCGGAUGCAAAAGGAGCAACUGUGGCUGACAGAAUCAGGAUGUUUUGGAUACUCUCAUUAGAAAAUAGAAGCCAAAAUACCAUUUUUCUUUUGCAGUAAAAUAAUUAACCUCUCAUUCAAUGGUUUGGCAUAUAAUACGCGCGAACAUUUUGCUAAUUGUUAACGUCAUUCUCACAGACAGAAUCAGGAUGUCUCUGAAUACUCUUACCAAAAAAUAGAAGCCAAUUGCCAGAUAAGUUUUCUUUGUAGUGGAAUAAUAAACCUCUUAUUCGAUGGUUUAGCAUAUAAUACGAGCGGACAUUUUGCUCAUUGCUCGUAUUUUUCCUCGCCCCUGCGGGGCUCGGAAAAAUACCACGCAACUCGCAAAAUAUCCCGCACGUAUUAUAUGGUAAACCAUCGAAUAAGGUGUAUGUUCCUAGUCACCCACACCAAUCACCAUCUUUUAUUUUACUUUUAUAUUUCCAAACCCUUCUUUGUAACGGCCUUUCAGAAUUAUUUUCAUUUUAAUCUGUUUUAGCGCCCGAAGAAGGUUUUUUUGAAAAAUAUAUAUAUAUACCUUUUUUAAAUUCUUUUGUUUACUUGUUCAUUGCCUUGCCGUCAGGAUCAGUCUGACGUUUUAUAUUUUGUACGUACAACUGUCAGAUCCGGCACUUCUCAACGGUUUGUCCCUGUGGACUUGUUGCUAUUUAAUACAAAAUAUAUGGCAUUUUCCAGUCGACAAAAACAUGAGAUCGAGGCUAGAUCUUGCAGCCAGCCAGCCUAUCAAUCCAAUGGUGCCCAAAUGGUGAAAUCAUAUGGCAUCUAAACUUAACGGCAAGAGAAGGACCUACCCCCAUCAAAGAAAUCGACAUAGUUACACUGUAGUAUGAACAAAUUAUACAAGUUAGGGCAAAAACAGGACAUACAAUUUCAUUACUCACAACAACACUGACAGCGAGUUCCUUCUCAACAUGCAUAUGCCUUGUGAAAAAUACAUCGAAGACUUCUACCGUGCGGAAAUAGAUUUAUCUUAAGAUGACAUUCAUGUUGCUUAACAACAAGUUUCUUGAAUUUCGCCGAACAAAACAUGAACAUAGUGAAGAAUCCAAACGGAUCCACCUAGCCUUCUUACGAACAUUUGUCAAUGAGUAACUGGUUAACUUAAUGUGGGCUUGAAAACUCUUUCCCUGUUGUUUGUUUCGAUUGAUUAUCAACGAACAAAUCAGCAAAUUUGUACUUUCAGCGGUGAUAGGAAACGUUCUCCCUUAAACUUAGCCAACAAACUAAGACUAUAAGCCAAUAAAAGCGUUUGUUUUUAUGUGCCGCGCGUUAAGAGAAUUUUGCUUUUUAAUCACAAUUCAAACUUUUUACUCCAACUUUUCUUAAAAGAAUUGAUUCAUGUUUGUGUCCUUUCUAGCUGUCCAGUGACUAAGACGUAUUCGGUAAGUUUAGAGAACGAGUUGCACAUCACUUUGUUUUGUUUUAGUGAGAGAAAAAUCCUCCAAUAACGUGAUUGUUUACCCCACUGCUGCGUUUUGGGCGAAUCGCCAUGGCGCUUUGCAUUCGAACUGAGUACUACAUCUAAAUAUACACAGCUAAUUUUUCGUUAUGUUGUGUAAAAUUUAUCCCCCUCUAACAUAUGUAAGAAUUACGGUAGAGUAAUUUGGAGCUUUUGUAAACGAAACGGCGAAACUAGAAGAUUAGGCCAUAUUUAGUAGCAGCAGGAAGCGUUCAACACUUAAAAAUUGAACUCAAAGUUAAGCACUUUAGGAGUACCAAGUUUGACUUACACGGCAACAGACAUAAACAUAAUAUAUAGAUUUAGCCAGGGCUAAAAGCGAAGCUCCCAUUAAUACAUUUAUAAUUUAAAUCAAACAAUAAACUUGUGAUCCACAAAUCAGUUAACUUGAGGGCACAUUCAUGUGACUUUUGAGGGAAAGGCUAAGUUAUUUUAGAGUGAAACAUCUUACAUCGAGUUGAUAGCCUUAUAUGUACACCCAAAAAAUAGCAAACAUCUUCGAUCACAUUCAAGAGCCAUAAUGGCUCUUGAUCACAGCUGUAGAUAAGGCCUCGAAAACAAAUUCUAGGAAAACAAAUCACGCUGAAUUUUUUUGCGUUCGACAGGUUUACUUUACAAAUUCUUGCCAACAAAGCUCGGGGUCUGUAAACCAACCUUUUAUACUUUUUAUACAUCACAUCUGAGGUGAAACAGUACGUACAAUUUAUCAUACAGACCUCGGACAGAAUACGGUUUUUCACAAUUUUUCAACACAAAUUGCACUCAGUCAAUUUUCAGGACGAUCAAUCGUGGGCUUUUAGCGAAACCGUUCAAAAAAAUUUCCAAAAUCACUCAUUAGGCCGGCCGGUUCUCGUUUCUAGUGCGUGCUGUCAGUGUAAUCGAGUGUUUGAAUGAACUUUAAAAGAGUUACGUUUCAACAUAAUGACGAAUUUAUUAUUAUAAUUUUUUGUUAUUUAAUGGUUUCAGUUACAACGAUGUGUAAUCUUAUAAAGCGUUUGAUACGCGCGACAUUUUUUUAAAGUACUCCUGCAAGCGAUGUUCAUGAACGAUGAAAACAAACGCCACGGACGAGCGAUUAAAAUUGCAAGAGAGUACUAACAAUCGACAAAAGAAAGAUAAUUCGGUGAAACAUUUACAGAGACAACAAUUUUCAUUCACGAAGACAAGUAUUAAAGUGUCUCUAAAAAUCCUGAGUCUGUAAACUUAAAAGUUAAUUAUGUUUUACUGUAAUUUCAGCCGGCCUACCGGUGUUUGUUUUUUUCAGAGAUGCCAGUACUUCUCGAAGCAAGAAAAUCGCUCAAAGUUUUCUUGCUACAGCCAAAUUUAUAGCUAAAUAUUCUUCGGGACGUUUUCUUUCUAUUUGCGGUGAGAAAAUAUAUCUGAAGGCUUUUCACAGUUCUGUAAGCUUAUAUCAAACCUGAUACUAGCAGGGGCACCCAACGGGAAAUUUUGAGAAAAAGACCUAAAAACAACAACAAAGCGUGAAUAAAGUUUUCUGAGACUAUUUUAAGCAUUUUGGGAGAUUGCUGGAAAAAAAUUAUCUGUUCCUCACUCCCAGCAAGACUGAUGGAAGAGUUGCCAGCCAGCAACCUUACAACCUGCAACCUGACUUACUGGGAAGUUUCAUAGGGCACAAUUCAGAUCUUGAGUGGUAAGCAACCCAUACAAGUAACCCGUAGCAGCUAUUCUAGACUUCAAAUCCCCUCUGACACCCUGAAUUAUCUUUUUCCCAGCAACACUUUCCUUCCAAGGACUAUUAUUUCUUCCACAUCUCCCAGCCAGCAAAAAUUUGCAUGAAGAACAGAUAUUUUGAGGAACAGAUCCAUUGGGUGCCCCUGUACUAGGUCAGAUCAUUGACUCAAAUCUUACAAACGUGCAUAAACUGUGCUCGACUUCAUGAAAUUAGAUAUAACAAAAACAAACAUCAAAUACAAUAAUUACUCAGGCUUACUAUUCGAGAUUCAGUUCCUGAAAGAUAUCAUGGAAGGCCACAGUUGCUUGAGACUUUUAAGCCCUCUUACGCAUUAAGCAAGGUGGAAAACGAAAACGAUGCAAUCCGAAAUCUGAUUACCGGAUUUUGACAAGCAACGCAUUUCUCAACCAAAAACCCAAUAAACAAACCAGCCAUGAACAACAGGAGACUCUUGAUAGCAGCUGUAUUUCAUUUUGUACAUCCAGUGUAGAAGACACAAAACUCUGUUAGCUUCUGCUCUCAUAGUAAAUAACUUUCAUGAUGCUGCAUAAAUUUUCCGCAUAAACUCACCUGUCAAGUUUUGACCAAUCAGAGUAUAAAAAUUGGACGUAGAGCGUGACCAACGCGUGACCAUGGUAAGAAAAGUUCUUCCCCGCCUGUAUUUAAAAAAAUGGUUGAAUUUUCGCGUCCGAGGUCAGUUUGAAAUCAAAAUCUUAACAGUGCGGGAUCAUAGUGACAUAAACACAACACAUUUAAUAUGAAUCAUUGGAAAAAAUGAACUUGAGCCUACGAUCAUUUGAAACUGGUAAUUUGUCAGCGGAUAACUUCAAAAAAUACUCGACCUCGAUGGGUGAACACUUGAGCCCGCGGUACGGUCAGGUGAUACUGGUCAGCGGGUGCCCUGUUUUGACAGCUGUCAAUUGACCACAACAUUGAUGUGCAAUGUUUUUCCUUGGGCUCCCAAACUAGCUAGAAAGUGUGAGAGUAAACAUUGGUUUCCCUGUGGUGCGGACGGACGGUCGUACGGUCACGUGAUUACCAAAUUUUCUCUAAUGGGUAGAUUACCACAUUUACUUACCUAUGGGGCUCCGCCCACGCGCGCGCGCUUCGCGCGCGGGUCGAGCUCCGCUAUGAAACUAUAUUUCAAUAUUGUCAUAAAUGAACUUUUAGCGCUCCACACUAUAUCCUGAAAUUACAGGAAAAAAAAUAGGGUUUCCUGUUUGUAAAAAGGAAAAUGUCGCUUUCAACACACCAAAACUGUAAGGGCAUUCGUGCCAGUCCUACUCCGCGUCACACAUCACUUGAAGAGCGGAGUGCUCGUUUCAUCGCCAAACCUUUAUUCGCCCUUCCUUAGAUUUAUAUUUACGACUGAAAACCUUACUGUUACUCUACGGUAUCUAUGACCCUUUUGUGCACUCCAGUUCUCUUUCCACAUAUCGCCUUUAUCAAUUUCUCAGAAAAAAGUCGUGUCCUUUACCAAGUAUUGGUGCCCGAAAUCCUGAAAGGUCCCACAACGUAAAAAGAGCUGCCCGAGGUGGGCGCGCGAACUCAACAUCUUUCCUGCGCUUUUUGUACGGGUGAAUCGACCAAUCACACGAUGUGACGUAUGGCAGUUUGUGACACAAGUGACAAAAUUGAAAGUUUGUUGCAAAAAUCAGAACUCGGGUGUACUUUGGGCAACAUUGUGCCACAACUUGCAAGACGAAAAUUUGUUGCGUCACAAGUUGAGCGCACAGGUGGUAAUACGAACAAUAACGCUUUGCAACUUGCAAUUCGGCAAAAUUAAUAUUACACGACAAGUAAAAUGUUUCUUUGAGUGGUUUGCUUCUUACCUAAGAAAUCGGAAAUAACGCUUCCCGUUACUUCAGGUUUUCCACAAGGAAACUGUCAUUGUGUUAGUAUCAAUGACCUAGCUGCUAUCAUUGAAGACUCCUUGUUAUCACAAUAUUCUGACGGCGCAGUUAACUGCUGCUUCUUAAAAUAACCACUCAAGCUAAUGAGCAGGUUAAAUGUAGGUUUCUACAACCUAGCAAUAUGGCUAAAUGCAUGCAAACUUUAUUAAUUAAAUGAUUAUUCAUAUAGCUGGUAGUUAAUACGAUAUUGUUAGCAUAUACAGCUAAAUCCUUUCAUCCUUAAAAAACUGCCAAUUAAGGAUCAAUUUGGAUAGUUAACAAUUAUUCUUUGAAAUCGAGGUGAAUAGUGGCAAAAUAUUUACCGAGCCGCGAAAGCGGCGAGGUAAAUAUUCCCAAAGCCACUAUUCACCGAGAUUGAGAAGAAUAAUUGUUUUAGUAUAUACACCCGAAGUGAUCUCAACAAAAUCAGAAAGGAAACCAUUCAAAAGUAGGAUUUGAUUGACAGAUCAAAUCACGCGUAAGUUUAAAAAUAGAUCUUUGCAGAAUUUUCAAACAUGGCAAUUCACAAGUUUACUCAUUUCGCAAACAACAGCGUAAUGGCUUCAAUGGAAUCGCUAAAAGUUUGAACUGUUUCCUUACCUGAGAAAAAAAGUAGAGCUGUGUUGUUUUCUGUUGACUCGCCAAGUUUAUAGCCAAAAGGGCAUGUUGUGUCGUUCUUCGCAUGAAGUGCUGACAAAAAUGGCGGCUCGGUUGCUCGAGGUAAGAGGUCGUCUUCCUGUAUCAUUCUUUUUCCUGUUUACUUGAAAUGUAGAAUUUCUGCAAACAUUUCCUUUUAAAUUUGUUUGUCAUAAAUAAACUUCGAUUUUUGAGCCAAAAUUUUCUUCUUAGAAAACGCUGAGUUCACGAAACGGCUUCUUCUACGCGAAUACACGGGAGUUGUAAACAAUCCAUCGAGCACAAAACUCCUGCUACAGUAGAUUGAAAAACGCCGUACUGAAUCCUUCCAAGUCUUUUCUUGCCUUAAAAAAAGUCAGCCCUAGGAUUUUGUCGACUUUUAAAAGAUCGUUCUCUAAAAAAAACGGGAAAAACACCGAGCUCACACAUUAUCCACUCGCUAGGAGGUGAAUAUUGUUGAAUAGUCCGAGAUAGCGAACCAAUCAGAUUGCUUAAAUCACCAAGAUCACUGAGUGUGUAUAUACUAAUUUCAGAUAUUUUUUAUGAAUAAUUUGUGCAUCUCUAUGAUUUAUUUGUUUUACGUUUAUAUCAAUCAAGGCGUAACACUCGUGCUAACUUAACUCAUCAGCUGUAUCCGUUUACUUUAAGUGCGUGUAUUAAUCAAUGGUUCUGUUGACUGUAAAAUUCAAUAUGUAGCCCUACAGUGGAACCUCAAUAUAACGAACCUCUAUGGAAAGAAGUCCUCGGUAUGAACGAACUAUUUUUUGAACCCCAGUAAUAGUAUAAUAUAUUUGUAAAAGAACCUCGAUAUGACGAAACCUCGGUAUGGCGAAUAAAUUAUGCCAGUCCCUCGGCCCUUCGUUAUCUCGAGGUUCCACUGUACCUAUACGAAUCUCUUCAAUUCAGGUGCCCUUCGUACUCGCUGCCUCUUUACGCAUAAAGAUCCUCAUUGUCAUGGUAAGUAAUAAAUUUAUUACUUUAUGCUUCGCUAUAUUCUACUGCCGUAUUUUCAAGGUCCUCUUGUGUUUCUUCCCGCCUAAUUCAAGCCAUUCAAAGAUAUAAUAUCAUACGACAGAAUUUUUUUCUGGGGCCGACGUGCAACUCGCAUAUGUUAGGCUUAUCAAGUGAGUUGCAUGCCAACUCACGCCAAAAUUUUGCCUCCCAUUUUUUCCAAAAUGAUAUUCCCUUUAUUAGCUGUUUAUUUCUUCGACGCGUUUUGGCGCCCCUUUUAUUGACAACGUGUUUUAACGUACGAAGUUGCAUGAUGCAUAGAAAAGAACAUAACCAGUUCAGUUUACUCCAGGUACCGAGUUAAUAAUUUGGCACAAAAAAAUUAGUUCCACACUUUAUUUAUUUAUUUUUUCUAUUUUUUUUUUCUACGAAAACGUUAGUUUCAAUGGUAUUUCAAAGAGCCUUGCCUCUAAAUUUUCAGCUUCCGGUAAACUCCCGGUGUUGUUAAAGUGCAGGCUUCCCGGAAAAUGGUUUACCAUCGAGAAUAUCAGUAAACUGAACUCUGAAGGAGGCUGGGAUAACGUAAAUGCUGCAAAGAGCGUUGCAGUGACUCAGUGUAAAAGAUCUCGGACUGCGAGCUCUAAUGGCGGUGCUCAAUGUGAGGUUACCGGUACUCUGCCAGAGAUCCAAGAGGCAGAUGUAGUCAAGGUGGACUAUUUUUGCUGGGAAAUAGGUGAGAAAAUCGACCGAUAUUCGUUAGCUGUUUAGUUCCUGAAAUGAAUAACCAAUUAUGAAGGUAAUUGUAUAUUGUCCUUACUAUAUGUCUUCUCAUUGGCUACGAGGCUACAGUUUAGUUUUGGAAAUCAGCGCUACCUACAGAUUGCCAUUAACAGUUUGCUGUCUGUUAGCAGAUCACUGGCUAAUCUGCUGGCCCCAGUUGGUCAAACGGUGGAUAACGCCAUCCACUGGAAAAAAUCUCUACCCAGUGCAUGGCGCUAUUGGUUUUCGUACUACUCAUCCACUAAACAGGGAUUUAUCCGGUGGAGCGAUAGCGCUAAUCCAGCGUUUGAACAACCGGGGCCAGGUUGCGGGCUCAAUGCAUGAUUUACAAAAGCAAUGUCAAUCUGUGUUCUGUGCGACGGUCAGGUGUUUGCCUUUUUAUUAUUUUUUUUCUUCAAAACAAUAUCUAACAAAAAACAGUUGCUAGAUUCAGUUUUUGCAUUGUGAUAUUCGGAAUAGUCAAGAUCGCUGGGCGAGGCUGAUAACACUUACCUCGACUUUGAUUAUUCCGGAUAUCACAAAAACUUCCGCCAUCCAACAAUUGUCUAAGAACAUUGUCAUGUUAUUAUAACGCACCAAUAAAGUGACAAUCUCUUUUGCUUUUUUUGUUUUUUCGUUUGUCUUUUAAAGUAAGCAGAUAAUCAUGAACUGGGAGAACCUCUUCGAUAUUGUAUUGUGUAAGGUUUUGUUACAAGUCAAGAAUAGUUUAAGUUUGUUUAAUAUUAUGAUGAAAGCCACUCUGCGUUUUGAAGUCAUUAUUUAAGUGACACCCCUCUCUAGCUGCACUUUGCUGAAGACAAGACAUGCAGUGAAUAUACCUCUUUUAUAUUUUUAAUAGUUCAGAAACCUCUCCGCCCGGUCUCGCCUCGCUCCUCGCCACUACCUUGCAGUGUUCGCAGGCUAUACCACCACUAAAACAUGCUUAAUACUACUAAGAAUUUCAUCACGCCAGUAGCUCCAAUCAUAAGUUAUCCCAGCAAAUGAGACUGCAAGCAAUUGCAGGUCAGAGUAGAUACAGGCCGUAGUCCAGGUUAAGGUUAUUUGAGAUAACUUAAAUUUAAGAUUUUACUGGUACUGGAUGUCGGAAGCGCCUCUUGAAAACAUAAUGAAGCUGAGGCUACGUUCUGGAGCACAGAACCGGCAAGUUAAAAAUUCGUGCAUUUUGGGUGUCCUGUUCACACGGAACCAUGCUAACAUAACGAAAAUUUAGACACCUUGCCGUUGAAAAAUUUGAAAGCCAGAAACGUCAAAUUAUUAGCCCGCAAUACGGUAAAAAAAUUUGAUCGGCGUAAUGUGAACACCAUGCGCGACCAAGAUGCACGACCGUCUAAAUUUUUGUACGGCAAAGGCGUGGUUACAUAGAUGCGAGAAACGCCAUUUUGGAUUUGCUUAAGUAGCGCUCGGUGCAUGAAUAGACGGUAACACGACUUGACAGAAGAAAGUUAGAAUUCAACCUUUUUAGUCAGUUCCGUGUGAACAGAGCGAAAAUAUUUAAUGGUUCCUUGAGAACGAAGAGUAUGGUCAAAUGUUUCAUCCGUUCGCAUCUGAGAGUAGCCUAAAAUUCAUCACUUGGUGCUUUUCUUUACAGAUCCAGAUUUAUUGGGUGGUUUCGAGAAGAGGGAUACAAUCUGAAGUC